AUGUCGGGCAUCUCCGUGUCGCGGGACGGGCGGUCGGUGAUCGACAUCUACGGCUCCGACCUGGACCAGCUGGCCGAGGGCGACACCGUGGCCGUGUCGCGCUCGCACGAUGGCGAGCUGGUGUUCUACGUGAACGGCUCGCCACAGGGCGUUGCCGGCACCGGUCUGCCGUCCCAAGUGUGGGCCGUGGUCGACCUGUAUGGCAAGUGCGCGCAGGCGUCCGUCACCAAUCCCAACCAGCACAGCGAGCUGCUCUCAGUGCGCUCCAUGUCCGGUCCCCCGUCGGCCCCGCUCUCACCAGCGCUCUCAGUGCGCCACACCGACCCUGACUACUCCGCCACGCUGGUCGUGCUGCAGACCAACUCUAAGCUGCAGGGAUUCGGCACGACCUUCACCAUCGGCAGGGGAAACGAGAUCGUAUGCGAGUGCGUCAAGGCCUUGAAGUUCUUGGUGGUUGGCAAGACGCUCGACUCUAUCGUCGAUAAAUUCGCCGUUUUUUGGGAUGGAAUGGUGAACGAAAGUCAACUACGAUGGAUCGGACCGCAGAAGGGCGUUGUUCACCUGGCUACCGCCGCUCUGGUGAACGCCAUCUGGGAUCUGUGGGCGCGCAGAGAGGGCAAGCCUGUCUGGCGCCUGCUGGUUGACAUGACGCCCCAGCAACUGGUCGAUGUCAUGGACUUCCGCUACAUCUCGGACGUGCUCAGCAAAGAGGAGGCGCUAGAGAUGCUCACCAUCGACCCCGCCCUGAAGAAGCAGCGGGAGCAACUCAUGGUGGCCGAGGGGUAUCCCGCUUACACCACCGCUGCGGGUUGGCUGGGCUACCCGGACGAGAAGAUCCGCGCGCUCUGCCUGCAGUUCAUGGAGGCCGGCUGGGACGAGUUCAAGAUCAAAGUGGGCCAGGACCUGAGUGACGACCGACGACGCUUACGGGUCGUCCGCGAGACGAUCGGACCGAACCGGCGCAUGAUGGUAGACGCGAACCAGCGCUGGGACGUGAACGAGGCUAUUUACUGGAUGAAAGAGCUCUCCGAGUUCCGGCCGCUCUGGAUCGAGGAGCCGACGUCGCCUGACGACGUGCUUGGCCACGCCCAGAUCGCCAAGGCGCUCGCCCCGUACGGCAUCGGGGUGGCCACAGGCGAGAUGUGCCAGAACAAGGUGAUGUUCAAGCAGUUCCUGCAGGCGGGCAGCAUGCAGUACUGCCAGGUGGACUCCUGCCGCGUGGGCAGCAUCAACGAGAUAUUGCCUAUCUACCUGAUGGCCCACAAAUUCAAAGUGCCCGUAUGCCCGCAUGCUGGGGGUAUAUGCCUGAACGAGAUGGUGCAGCACCUGCAGCUGUUCGACUACAUCCGCGUGUCGGGCUCCACCGAGGGCCGCCGCGUUGAGUACGUCUCGCACCUGUCGGAACAUCUCGAGACGCCCGCCAUCUGCCGGCGCAACCGCUACAUGCCGCCAGAGGACGCCGGCUACAGUUGCCAGUUCAAGGAGGCGGCGCUGUCCUGCUACAGCUUCCCGGACGGGAGCGAGUGGAAACGUCUGAUCGCCGCCGGCCUGGCUCGCAACACACGCGACGACUAGCCAGCUAGGGCGGCUGCGGCUGCGGCUGCGGCGGCCGCAGCUACGGCUACGGCUACGGCUACGGCCGCGGCUACGGCCCUUCGGGACUGGGCCCGGUUAGGGGCCGACCCGGGCUUGAUCUGGGUCGGGGGGCCGGGUGCCAACGCGGGGAAGCUGAGUCAAGGACUGUCUGCCGCUCACUGGCGAGCUUUGAGAGCGGGUUACGGAUUGGUGACAUGACCUGGUACUGACGACUUGAUAAUAGUUACCUGAUCAGUACCACGUGGGGGUAUAGGGACCGCUGGUCGCUGACGGAUACAACCUCGCGGAUACUGCGGGCAGAUCCAACCACGAAACGGUAUCAAAGAUACGUUGCACCACUCAGGAGGUGGCUACAUAGACCAGACAGGGGAGGCCUGUAUAUUGUUAUUUGGUGGUUGUCCUCAGUUCCAUGAGAAUUAUCAUAUCAUUGGAAUGAAUGCAUGGAAAUGGAGAUGACUGUAUGGGGUUUGGGGGAAGAUAAUCAUGACAGCUUGAGAUAUUAGGCUGUUAGAGAGCGGGUGCAGACAAUGCAAAUAUAUGAGCGAGUCCAA